AUGGCGAACAAGCGCGUCGGGGCCCAGAGCGCUCCGCGGGCGCGUGGCUGUCCUCAGGCGCACUCGCCCGACCUUUUGCCUUGCUGCGUUGCAAAAUCGGCCCCUGCAUGCAACGCCCCGGCCCACGCUCCCGCGGUCUCAGACUGCCAUCCGAACUGGAGAGCGAGCUGGCUUCUGCGCGCGUCCGUCUGUCGACGCUUUCGUCCUCGUAUCUCGAAACGCUGGCCUCCCUGCCUUCUCUGCGCGUGCUUCUUCCUCUCCACUUUCUUCGCCAUCCCCGCCCCGCGAGUUCCGUCGGACUUCGCCGUCUUCUCCGCAGCGACUCAGGCUGCAGAGGUCGCGCAGCCGCGAGCUCCGGGCGCCGCGUCUGUGCGAAAAGAAAACACGGAGGCGACUGUCGAGGAGGCUCUCGAGGAGAAGUACACGCCACGGAACUGCAAGUACCGGCCCCUGCCCAAGAGCCUGAACGAAUUCGCGUACUUGAGUUACAAUGGAGAAAUCACGCUUGGCGACGUCUUCGGCUUGCCAGCCUCCUCGAUUCACCAUGAACAGCGGCUGUCGUUCUCCAUCGCGUCCGAGGGCGCGUCGGCGAGUUCGCGCAGAGCGAUCCUCUCCGUGAGCGUCGAAAUGCACAGAGACAGCGUCGCGGAGUUCAACCACCUCGAGCUGUACAGACGCCGAAGGGGCGAGAAGCCUCACCCGGCGCUCUCAGCCUCCGAAGCAGCUGCCGCGGCCGACGGCGCAGGCGCGAUGCUCUCUGCAGUGCGGAGGCAGCAAGCCGUCGCCGUGGGGAAACGCGUUGAAGGCGCCGGAGGACCUCGCACGAAGGUCGUCCUGAGCGCGGCUCUCAGCGACGAUGAGGGGGACACUGUCUUCGACUUGGUUUUCAGCUUCCGAGACUCCCGAGGUCGAACGCCGCUGGCCGACGGCGAGACGGUCGGCCACUCGCCUCUCCUGCCCUGCUUCCCAGUUCGCGUCGACCUCUCAGUGGUUCCAGUAGAGCGCAUGCCUCUGCACAUUCCAUCGAACUGCCCCGCGCAGUCUGCACUGCCGAAGAGCGGGGAGGUUUUCACCCUCGGGGAGACGCCUCUCGUCUUGUCCAGUCCUCCAGAGCAUCCCUUCGUCUUUGUGUUUCGCGGUAUCCCCUCCUGGACGCCGUACUCUCUCCCCGUGUGGAACAUGAGCGUCGAUGUGCCGCGCCGACUUCAUCGGUUCGCCCGCUUCUUCUUCAGGCUCUCGUUCAGAUUCCUCUCCGGGCCUCUUCAACUGCUGCUGGAGCUGUUUGACGAGAAGUCGCAGCCCGACCCAAGUGCUUCGGGACCUCAGUGUCUCCUCGGCUGCAUGGGAGCUACGCCAACGUACAACGGACAACUCUUUGACCAUGCGAUGCCCACAGGCUUUUUGUACAAGGUGUGGAUUCUCGCGGGAGAGCCCAUGUUCCUGGAAGAUCACGCGACGCAGUGCAUGCAGUUCGAUUUGGAGUACCGAGUGAACUACGAGACGCGUUUGACGCCUUUCGAGGUCGGGCACCACUCUUGGAUGUGCAGAUUCGCCAGGCUACCUACAGCGAUUUUCCAGCGGCAGGAAGGCGCCCGAGACGGCCCCGUCGGCACAGUGUAUGCGCGCUCCUUCGACUUCAAAGACUGGGUCGGAUUUCCUCCCGACGAAGUUGCGGAGAUGGUGCACCUCGUCCGCCUGCAGAUCAGCGAACCUAGCGACAUUGCGGUGUCCUUGUAUCAAGCGAAUCUGCGCCUGCGAACGACGUUGUCGGCCGGCGACGCCGAAACUCUUGCGGAGUUGUGUGGAGAGAAGAUCCUCGGGGACAACGACAGCGGAAUGGUCCUUCUCCAUUGCCGCGUUCCUCCCGGCACCUACCACCUGGUGCUCUUCGCCGAAUAUCCUCUCGGAGGCCUUCCUCCCUGCGACGGCUUCUACAUGCACUUAACCAUCAAACCUCUCGCGCUCCUGAACCAACACUACGGAUGUGUCAAUCGGAGCUCGAACACCAUGCAGCUGCCGCCUCUGCUCAUUUCGCCGACGGGCCGUCCGCCGCUGUCUGCGCCGCCGCCGUCUGAAGAUGUCAUCGACCUUGGAGUGGUGACAGAAAGUCGCGAGGAGAAUAUCCGGUCAUUUGUCUUCCGCAUGCCCUCGCCACCCGUCAAGACGCCAGGCGCCUUCAAGCGCAUCGCGCAAGGACGCUUCGUCGUUCAGUCGUCUCUUUCUCAGGUGUACUUGCACCUGGCGGUCCUCUCCGACUUCACAGCAGCGGACUUGGGUGCAAUUAUUCGCCGCGAAGGGGGUGACGCGAACGACGUUGCCACCCAUGCACUCUCCUUCUCGCACGACUAUCAGCACCUUGUAGGCCCGUUCGAUGCUGGGGCGUACACCGUCGAAAUUGUUGCGCUGGCACCCGAAACCGUAGACGCUGUUGCCGCCAACAGCGCCCAGGAGCUCUGCAUUCCCUUCGUCGUCGACCUGCGCCUGGUCUCGCGGUCUGGCGACGAUCUCCACAGCAGCACGUGGAUGUGCAAGCAUGAGACUGCGCAUUUUCCGCGCUACAUUCGGGGCGAGGAGGGCGUGGAGAUGACUCUGGACAAGGAGUUUCUCCUCCCUGCGAGUGGUCACCAACAUGUCCAACUGCAAAUCCCGAGAAGUUCGAUUCUGAAAAUCCACGUUCGCUCUCCUCACAGCUCGGAGCCUCGUCUCUCCAUCUUCCCCAAAGACCGACCUCACGAAAAGCUGGGAGAAGCCUACACGGACCUCUUUCUGGAGACAGAUAUGGAAGGCGAGUACAUUUUGCGAAUCUCCUUUUCGCUCCAUUCCACGUCUCUGGCGCCUUGCCCGACUGCGCAGUUCCAUCUCGUUCUUGUCCCGAAGUCCUCGGUGCCUCAGUGCCCCUGGGCUCGAGAGAAUGGUCUCUCACGCGAGACACUGAAGACUCGAGCUGAAGAACAUCUUCGCACCACUCUGGAUUCUCGGAUCUUCAUUCCAAAACGAAUUGCGCCACAUCAUUUGGAAGUUGCCGCGCCGAGAGACUUCUGGCUGUCGCCUUCUGUCCAUCCGGAAUUCGCCUUUUCCUCUGACUCUCCGGCGACGAGCAUUCGCGUGGAGCUCACUCUGCAUCCGCCGUGGGUGCCGGCGCAGCUGCUGCUGUUCAAGCGAGACAGCUUGGGCCUGCGUCGAAAGCCGGAGGCGGUUUCGAUCUUGACUGAAAACCGUCUGCUUCUUCUUGCCACAGAUGCAGGAGCUGGAGACUUUGUCCUCAAACUGAAAAUCUACGACGAAGUCGACCUGCCCAGCGAGCGCCUCUGUGCACAUGCAACUAUCCACGCAGAGAUCGGCGACGCGGACGAGACUGAAGUCAACGCCUUGCGCGCAGAGUUGUUGAGUCUGCCGGACUUGAUGCCUGUGGAGCCUCCCCUGUCGUCGUUCAAUCGUCGGGGGUGGCUAUCGCUCCCAGACGUCCCCGUAUUUUCGACUUCUGUUUUCCGGUUCGGCGAGGAAAGUCCGCGCACUGCCUUCUCGUCGCCGUCACCCGCGGAUCCGCAGCGUUCCGCGUUGUUCACCGUUCGGCCGGAGACUGAAAAGGCGGUCAGCCAAGAAGCAGUCCGGCUCGAAGAGCGCGCCAAGGCGACAGUCAUCCAGGUCGAGAAGCCGACGCUGCUGCGCGUGACUGCCGAGCCUGCAGUGCUAUCGAGAGAUCGCCUGUUGAUUCGCGUCUUCAAAAGAAAAGAGGACGAGGCGCAAACCGACGCAACGGCCUCUGCGGUUGGAGCUGUUCGCGGAGAACGCGCUGAACGCGGACGCGAAAAAGAUCUCCUCGUUGCCAGGCGCGGCGGCGAAGACGACGCCCUCAACUUCAGACUCGUCGAAGAAGCAGACAGCAACCUCCUCGUCCUCCUACAGCCCGGCACUUACAAAUUCAGCUACCAAGCAGAAGGACCUUUCCUCAUCACCUUCGGCAUUUCGUCUGUGAACCAACUCCACCGCGACCUGCUUUUCCAUCCUGCGGCGGAGGGCGCGGUGUCUCCUUGCCUUUCGCAUCCUCCGGCGUUGUCGCUGCCCUCGCCGCUGCCCUUUUACUUUGAGAGCGAAACGUUCGACAUAAAACUCAACUCGUCGUUUCUGGAGAAAGAAGGCGAGUUCAUGACGUUCCCUCUGCAUGUGACGACGCCGUCUGUGCUGUACGUGGAGGUCGGCUCGAACUUUCUGCUGGACUUCAUCAAAGUCGGAGUGAGGGUGGCGGAAGGCACUUGGAUCGGCGAACAGCGCGGCCGCGUCAACUUCCUUCGCCUUAUCUUGGAGCCAGGCACUCACUAUGUGAAAAUAAUCCACGCGCAUGCAAGCAACGUGUACGCCGCCGAGCCGGCCAUCAAACAAGCUGUCGACACCAGCAGGUGUCUGCACUUCUCCCUGAAAAUCAAAACAAUCGCAGUAAACUACGCAGGCCCCGACAGCGAUGUCGAUUCAGCAGAAAGUUGUUUCUCUUUCGGAGCGAUGUCUCUUCCUCUCGAUCUCCACAGCCACGAAGGCGGCAGCGCGGCGCUCGGAGGUCCGAUCGACGCCGCGGGGCGCUUGCUGAUUCGCAGCAAAGUUGUUCUGACGGAAGCGAACGGAGACUCACGCAAGAGAGUCGCUCUCGACACAAAGGGAAAGAAUCUGCUAAUGAAGCUCGGCGUCUUCUCGGAAGACCACGACCGAAACGUCGUCGUGCAGGUGGAGGAUGCACACUCUCUGCCUGUCGCGCCGGUUCACGACUGGGCAAUAAACGAAGGCGGCUACGAGAAGCUGUUCGAACUGGACGGCUCGAAGAGGAAAUACAACGCGCUCGAUCAAAGUUCAACGUUUUAUUUGACGUUCCGCCUCGACCGCGCAGCAGUUGCAGGUGCUGCUCCCUGCGUCGUCUUCGACCUCGUGGUUCAGGUCAUGCCUAUGGAGGAUAAACAAAGGAUGACGCAGUGCCCAGCCGCGGGCGACAGUUUCGCGCCGCUGUCGGUGUCUCAAUUCUUCCCAGUCGCAGCCGUGGCGACAGCUGCAGACCGGAGUGCUUCGUUUCACUCUGGACGCCAGCAGCAUGUUAGCACCGCCGUCUCUGCAGUUCGCCAGCCGCGAGACGGCUUUCUUGUCGAGCUCCCGUUCACUCUCGCCGAGGAGUCGUUUGUCCUCGCCGAGGUCCAGUACAACUUUUUCCUUUCGCACGUUGAGCUGGACGUCGUGGAAGGAGGCAACCGACACAUGCAGCAAGAAAGCAUUUCUUUCGGAGAGCUCGACUUCGUCAACAAGGGCAACCAUCCUCUAAACACGCGUCAGUGGGUGGCCACCCAACUCGAACCAGGCAAUUACGUUUUGCGUGUGGCGGACGACCACUAUGGAAGUCAUUUUCCGCGGAGUUUCGGAGGCGAUCCGUGUUUUCCUCUGAAGUUCCAGUUCCAAGUUUUCUCGCUCGCGUCUCACGAGACGCGCCCGACCGUCAUCGGUGUCCACCCAGAUCCGUCCGUCCCCGUGAAAUACGGGCAAGACUUAGUCGUGUUGCUGCGCCUGUCGACUCCGCCGUCCGUGGCAGGGGAGGGCGCUGCGUCGAACGAGGCUGUGCGUCGGUCUGCGUACUUGUUUGGGGACUCGGGAGUUACGUUAUACCCGACUCAUUUCGCGAACCUCGACAGCUACGAGGACGCGUCCGACGCAGAGAGAGAAGGCGCGAACGGCGGAGUUACUUGGUCCUUCCUGUUCACCGCAGACAAGCUGCAGCGGUUGGGGAACUCCGCCAAACUGGUUCUCGAGUUCACCAGCAAACGCGGCGGGCAACCGUACGGCUUCGGCAUCCUCCGGUCAGGUCUGCGCACCCCCGACGCCGAGUUCAGCAGCGGCGAUCCGUCGGACUACGUCACGGAAGUCACCUACACUUUUCUUGCUCCGGGCGUCCUACGAGAAAAUGCGCCGUGGACCGGUGACCUCGGACGCUUCGCUGUGAAAUCGCCUCCUGUGUCGACUCCCGGCGACGACGUGUGGCGGCCUGCGAAGCCGCCGAGUGCAGCGGCGACCGGCGCCGUUCAUCCGGAGGAAGAAACGCCGCGCGGGACUCCUGGAAGUCCAAGGCUUCGAGACCUUGACCGUGCGUCGUCGUCGCCUUCGCCCAUCGUCAGUCGCGGGCCCCUCGUUCCGCCGAAGGUCUCGCGAAGCGAACUGCUGGUGGAAGAAGAAGAGACGAAGCCGGCGAGGCUCACGCCAUGGGACGCGCCUGCCGUCGCGGAAGAGCCCCGGCGACACUCCGAUCCGUACGCCGCCGCUGACGAGAAGGAAACUGGUUCCCCAUGGCGCAGCUCGACAGACGAAGAAGAGCUCAGUUGUCCGCCAGGAACGGAGUGGAAUGAGGCGACGGCCGAGUGCGAGGACGUCAGCGAAAUGGACGCGCCGGGUACUCUGCUGCUCAUCUUCGUUUCCCUCAUCGGCGUGACGAGUCUUCUGCUGCUCUCGCGCUAUGUGCUGCGGAGGAGAACGAAGAACGAGUACAGACAUCCGUAUCGUCUUGCUCGAGCGAAUUCAGGUGGAUCGGAUUCCUUCGACUUUCUUACUGGGCGAAGUGCUGUGACUUCGCCGUCGGGAGUGUCUGACAGAGAUGAUGACGUCUGAGGGAUUUUUUCUUUUCAACUCUUUUGUGAAGCUCCGCUCUCUUCCUCGCUUUUUUAGUUGGCAGCGUCACACGCUCUCUCUGAAGAAGGGGAGCGUUCGAGACUUGUUCGUUUUUUAUGAGUUGCUGUCCAGUUUCCGUCGCUGUGUGAGUCUUUCUUCCGCGUGUAUGCAUUUUUUCAAGAGCAUCCAGGUGAUCCUCACGAGUCUGACAGACAGGAAGUGUAAACAUCACACAUGCAUUCCGAAGUGCGAACGUAAGCAGAGCGAGAGGAAGCCGACGCGGCAUGCAGUGUGCAUGCGUCGAUUGCUCGUGAAAAGAAGUUCCUCGCUUUUGUGCGGAAACCGCCUUCGAGUUUCUUGUCUUUCCACGCGUCUAAAACAGGAUUUACACGGUCGGCGUCCAACAGAUACCGGCUUCC